UGGCUAGUUCUUUCUCUUCCACCAACAAUCCUUCAGAGGAGUAUGAUGUCUUUCUUAGUUUCAGAGGCGAGGACACCCGCAACGGUUUCACGAGCCAUCUCUAUGCGGCUUUGUGUCGUAGAAAGAUUAAUACUUACAUCGAUGACCAAAUUGUUAGAGGAGAUGAAAUUUCAUCAUCUCUUUUGAAUACAAUUAAAGCAUAAAAAAUUUCAGUCAUCGUUUUCUCAAAAAAUUAUGCGUCUUGGUGUCUCCAAGAACUCGAACAAAUCCUUCAAUGCAAGAAAAUAGAGGAGCAGAUUAUUAUACCAAUUUUCUAUCACGUAAAUCCAUCAGAUGUAAGGAAUCAAACUGGGAGUUUUGGAGAUGGAUUUGCUGAGUUCCAGAAACGUACUAAGGAGAAGUCAGAGAUGCUGCAGAGAUGGAAGAUUUCUUUGAACGAAGCAGAUAGUCUAGCUGGCUGUACUAUAAACGAUCAAAAGGAAUUGAAGUAGUACCAAGCAUAAACUUGGACAUAUAAAAAAUACGCAAUGCAGGUUUAAAUUGUCAUGUUUUGUAAAAGAUGGAUAACUUAAGAUUCUUCAGAGUAUAUAACUCAGAAUACCAAAAUAAUUAUGAAGCUAAGUUGGAUGGUUUUGAAGAACUUGAAUCCUUUUCCAAUGAGGUAACAUUCUUCGGUUGGAAUAAUUGCCCAUUUAAAUCACUGCCAUCGAGUUUUCCUUCAGAGAGUCUUGUUACACUUGUUAUGCAUGACAACAAAGUUGAACAUUGGAAUGGUGUUCAGGAUCUUGUAAAUUUGAAAUAUGUUGAUCUUAGUUUCUUCAAACACAUGACAGAGAUUCCAAAUCUCUCAAGAGCCUCAAAUCUUCAAAAAUUGAUUUUAGAAGGUUGUUCAAGUUUGUCGGAGAUCACUCUGUCUUCUAUUCAAAAUCUCAAUAAGCUUGUCGCGCUAGAUCUAAGAGAUUGCAGAAGGCUUAUUAGUUUACCAGAUGCAUUCAAUCAAAGUUUAUUGAUCUCAGUUUCUACGAUAAUCUGAAGAUAGCUCCAAAGGUCUCAUGUAAGGUGGAAGUAUUACAUUUAACGGGAACUGCAAUAAAAGAAUCACCCUUCAUUGAACAUCCAUCUAGACUAGUUGAGUUGGAUCUUUCAGUAUGUUCAUCACUUGAGAGCCUCUCAAGCAACAUUUGUAAGUUGAAAUUUCUCAAAGAGCUUAAUCCUGAGGCUUGCUCCAAAUUGGAAAG